UAAUUCUAAUUAAUUCCGAGGAAUUAGAUUAGCGAUGAAUCAACUUAUUGAUGUAAUUGUUACAAGUUGAUAUGGCAACGCGAGUUAUUUCUUCCGGUUUAAGCCAGGAGUUGGCUUUCUACCACGAGAAUACGGCGAAACUGCAGUGUGAAAUUAGUUGCAUAAAUUUGAACAUCGGCUUCAUUAAUCGACUACAAUGGCAACGGGUAAAAGUAAGAAGAAGGCUGGAACGAAAACAAACGGAAAAAAUAAUGGAAAAGGUACUAAAGGUGGUAAUGGCGGCAAAAGUAAAGGAUCAAAGAAAUCGAGAAGAAGCGGCGGAAAAGCACGAUUUGCUAUGGACAUCUUUAACGAGGAAGUGAUGGAAAACGCUUAUUAUACAUGUCAUAAUAUUAUGGACGUGCUAAAAUGUCGAGGUUUCCCGUGGCCAGAGGCUCAGAAGAAAAAAGGAAAGAGGAAGAAAUAAAUAG